AUGGAGCAUUAUAGGGAUUGGAAGAAGGACUUGCACAUGGUAUUUAUUGACCUAGAGAAAGCUUAUGAUAAGGUUUCGAGGGAGGUUUUGUGGAGGUAUUUGGAGGUUAGAGGUGUGCCCGUAGAUUAUACUAGGGUGAUCCAGGAUAUGUGUGAUGGCAUUAAGACCCGGGUUAUGACGAUGGGAGGGGACUCAGAACAGUUCCAUGUCAGGAUGGGCUUGCAUCAGGGGACCGCGCUUAGCCCAUUUUUAUUUGCCUUGGUGAUGGAUAUUCUUACGCGGCACAUUCAAGAGGAGGUUCCAUGGUGA